CUGGGGUGCGAGCCGAGCCAAUAGGGGUGCUCCCGGCAGUCCGCACGGUACCCCUGCAAUCCCUGGCCGCGAUGAGGCGGUGCGGAGCCCGCGGCGGGGAGGAGGCGGCGGCGGAGGAGCUGGAGACGGAGGGCGAGAGGCAGCUGAAGCGGCUGCUGCACCUCCAGCUGGACACGGCGGCCUCGUUCGAGCAGUGUGUGGCCAAGCGGCACCGCUUCGCCCCGGCGACCGUGUACCGGCCCUUCGGGGAGGAGGCUGCGGGCGCCCGCACCUUGCCGGAGUUCCGGGCCCUGCAGGAGAGCAGCGGGGAAGCGGCCUCUCUGCAGGAGCUGGGCCUUUCCGACGCCGAGAUCCGCCUCUGGAGGCAGCGGGCCCAGAAGAGCCCUGGGCUUGGGGCUGCCCCGGAGGCUGCUCUGGAGAGGGUCCGAGCCAUCCAGGAGAAGAUGGCGGAGCGCCAGCGCAUCCUCUCCCUGCCACAGCACUUUGCAGGCAGCAAGUCCCUCAGCAGGCGUGAGAUGGAGAUCGAGAGGGCUCUUUUCCAGGGAACAGACCACCAUUCCUUUCUGCGGAUGUUGUAUCGCCAAGGAAUUGCCUUUGUCUCUUGUGGUUCAGAUGAAGCUCAGCCCAAAGUUGCCCCUGAGACGGGCCCAAUGGCUCAGCUGGAUGCGGUUUAUCGGGAGCUCCUGAGCGAACCACUGCCCAGCCUGAGGCCACUGAAACCACCGGAGUCUCCCCAGAAGGUGCCUGAAUCGUCUUGCUCUACCCCCUUCACCAGCCUUGGAGCAGCUCCAUCAGCCAUAGAGCCUGUGGUGGUGACAGAGCCUGUAGCGUGUGUGCCAGAAGAGGAGAUUCUCCAGAGCCGCCUUUCCAAGGAAGAAAUCCGCAGAAUCCCCAGAUUUUCCUCCUAUAGCCCAGGGGAGCCAAGCAAGGUGCUGUAUGUGAAAAAUCUGUCUCGCAACGCUACAGUGAAUGACCUGCUGCCCUUGUUCUCCCGCUUCCAAGAGAAGGACAACCCCCCUCUUCGUUUCCGUUUGCUGAGUGGGCGCAUGAGAGGCCAGGCCUUCCUCACCUUUCCCAGGAAUUGCCCUCGUCAUGGCUGAUAACUACGUAUCCAUCCAUCCACUCAAUUCACGGGAAAAGUCUUUUGUAUAGAAUGUCUCCUAGCUCUGGAGUUCCAUCCUGGCAUUUCAAUCUUCUGGGACAUCCCUUGGCCACAUGCAAUUUUCUAGAUGGCCGCUCUGAAGCCUUGCAAGGAGUCGCCACAUACGGACCCUACAACCUGGGAACGGUCCAGUCUCGCACCUUCAAAUUUAGACUGGACCAACGAAUUCCUAGGCUGUUGCAGCUAGAAAAGGCCUGUUGAAUUCACCGUUCCCAGCCCCUGCUGUGCUCAGUUCCACUGUAAAGAUGUCACGGUCUGCUUUUAAGUAGCCCUGCAAGAGAGAGGACCUCGCCAGGAUGAAUCCACUCCGUUAGUUUGGUUACUGUUUGUCUUGUCUCCUGGUCUCUUUAACCAACUCCCUGCCUUCAGUCGUGAAGGGAUUGGUUGGUCCUCACUCUCUGCAUACUUUGCACUCUUCGUAAGUGGAGCUAUUCUUUUCCCACUUGUGUUUGUAUGGCCUCUUCCAUGUCCUCAGCAGACCCUCUGGAAACUCACUAUCUGCUUGUUCUGGGAAUCAUAGCUUUGCUGCACUUUUUUCUUUAAGACAAACCUUUGCUGGAGCAGGGAUUCCCAACUAGUUCAGUAUCAUCCUCUUUAGGGUUUUUAAGCUUCUCCAUGCCUCCCUCUAGAUACCUAUCUCACACUUUAUAUGGGAAGAAUCUUGCAUCAAGUCUACGUCUUCCCUUGCACCCAUUUGCCAACUCACUUUUGCCUGCUGCCUUCCCUCCCGGUCCCCCCCUUUUCCUACCCAGAGCAUUAGCUCUUCUUCUGAGAACACAUGUACUUUUUAAAAUUCCUGUUCCAGGACAUUGCUAAAUAGACCAACAGGCAAACAGAGGCUGGUGCCAGCAGGAGGUAGAAUAAAUGAUCACCCCAGGG